UGAUUGUUUAUACUGGAUUCUACCUGCCUGUUUCAAUAGUAACUUCAUCCCGCCGGAGUGUUCAACGCCGAACGUCCCGACAUUUACCAAAUUAGUCAGUUAUGGCAAAUAACAGUUACGUGGCCUUACCAUUGUAUGAAGCCCGAAUACAUUCCCUGGAUCUUAUACAUAAAGGACAUUGACAACGAUUAUCGUUUCAGUAAUUUGAUCAAUCCAUAUCAGAUAAGAAAGCGACAACGUCAAGCACGGAAUAAUGGGUCCUCAAGAACAAGAACGAAUUUACUUUGUUGGUGGUACCGGCGGUGUAGGUGCCAAAGCUAUUCAAGACGUAUUGGCCAACAAUAUUCCCAUUACAAUUUACACUCGUCGGCCAGAGAAAUCCUGUUUCAAGGAUCAUCCUCAGGUGACACACGUCCAGGGCUCCUAUGACGAUCUGACUCCUUUUGAACAGUCCAUUGGUGGCCAUACCCGCAUGUUUUUGCUAGUCCGUAGCCUGGGCAUGAUGCCUCGUAUCAAGGGUGCCAUGGCCAAGGCUGCCUAUGCUGCAGGUGUCAAGCAGAUCGUUGCUGUGUCCUCCCUCACCGUCUCCGUACAUCCAUUCACGUUUAUUGGUCAAGCCCAUGCUCGGUCUGAAGACGCCAUCCGCGCCAUUCAAUCCGUCGAUGCCACUUAUGUCAUCCUCCGCCCCUGGCGCUUCAUGUCGAAUUACGCUAUCUUCGCCAAACAUGUUGUGCAAACCAAGACGCUUGUUUCUGUGGCCGCGCCAGACACUCCUCAGGGGUGGAUCUCUACCGACGAUAUCGGCGCUCUGGCAGCUAUUAUUUUGCGCGACCCUAUCGAGAAGCAUGGCGAUGCUAUUUAUCCCAUGGUUGGGGAAUUGUUGACCGCGAACCAGCAAACAGAGACCUUGAGCAAGUUGCUCGGCUUCGCGGUAGCUUUCAAGCGAUAAUCGUUCAAGGAACAGUAUGAGCUGGCUACCAGCGCAUUCUAUGCUCCUCACAAAUUGGCGUACGAUAUGGCUCAUGAUGUUAAUCCGGAUUUCGAGCAUUCGCAUGGUCUUUCCCUGGCUUUGGGUCGUGAGCCAGAGACACUGGAGGAAUACCUCACAAAGAAUAAGGAUGCUCUUUUUUAAUACUUUCCUCUACUAACACAAGAUUGCGUAUUAGGCGCUUUAAAGAUAACAAUAAAGUAUAACGGCAGUGCAAUAUCCUUUAUUACAUAAACACAUAUCCGAAGUCGUUACCACAGAAAAUAACCCUGCAUUUUGAUUCUACGCUAAGGUUAUACAUGAACUUUG